UUUAGUCAGUUUUCGAGGAUUGUACCGAUAAUUGUACUUAAAUUCAGCGUCUGUUCAGGAAAUAUAAAUAAGAAGCACUUUUGUCACUGAAAUAAGAUCGGGAGAAUACUCGUAUACAAAUCGGGAAAUAAACCAUUACAUGCAAUUGUUCUAGGUUUUUUUAAGCAUCUGGAUGGCGCAGAGGUUUUACGUUAUGAAGUCAUUUAACAGUUAGACAAGCCUGUACCUCUACGGAAUAUUAUUUCAAAAUGAAAUGAACUUCAGUUCGAUCUGAAAUUACAUAUUAUGGAUCUAUCCGAUAUACUUCUGUUUUUGUCUGUUCUCAUAAUUCCAUGUAAUGUAUAUGGAAAAGGCGUAGCUCCAUUGAAAAGGCGAGUUUUAGGAGAAAGCCAUCAAGCAGAACCAACAUGGCUUUGCAUACAGAAGUUGAAAGCGGGAAAAACAUGGAAAACUAUCAAUACACCGGGGUAUCCAAAGGCAUUGAAUAUGAAACAUUCGCGAUGUACAUGGAAAAUUACUGCACCGGGAAAGCUACAUAUUCGAAUAGCAUUCCGAGGAAUUGACUUGUAUGCUGAAGAUACCGACCAUUGCUCGUCCAAUUAUUUAGAAAUCAUUGAUGAAGUUUUAGGGAAGUCUCAAGGACGAAUGUGUGGACGGAAAACUAGUGGUGACAUUGUAUCGCAAGGUAACAAACUUAGAAUGGAUUUACAAAGAGACCCGUCUGAGAAAUACCAACGAGGAUUUUCUCUUAGCUUCAUGGCAACGAAAGCUAAAUCGGGAUUCUAUUCAAAGAAAAGUUUCAACGGAAAACCACUUCCACCAAUGCGUCGUCCAAAAACAAAAGAUUCUGACCUGGAAGAUAAAAAGUCCGAGAAGAAAGAGACGAAUAAAAAAUCUACAAAUAAAUCAGAAGGAAAAAAAUCUGGACCUAUGAUGAUCAAUUCGGACGGUCAACUAGUUGCAACCGAUAUUACACAAGAUCAUCCCAUAAAACGCCAGAUCAACAGCGGGAGUAAUAAUGAACGGUUCAAGCCCAUUGGCGGGAGUUCUGAUGCCGAAAGUGGCAUGUCUACGCUAACUAUAGUCGGUAUAGUUGUAGGUGGGGUUAUUGGACUAAUCAUCAUUUUCCUUAUUCUUCGAAAGCUUUUUAUGAAUAAUAAAAACAAGGACAAAGAAAAAGAAGGAGAAGCUGUGGGGACCAAUUCCGGAUUACCGAAGAUAAACAUGACACACGACAACGUCGUCUGUGCAAAGAGAAAUAUACUUGCCCCAACUGUCGUAGUUGGUCAAACCAGAAUUAUGAAUCAUUCCAUGCAUUUACGUGAAGGAGCAGUCUACCCAGACACCGACUCAAAUAACUCAGAUCCGCCACCUGAUUAUAGAAAGUUGAGCCUUCAUGGAAAUGCAAACGCCAGAACUAUCUCAAACAUGCAUAACGCACAUACACAAAGCAGGCACGGAAUGACAAAUGGGGCUUAUCUGGAAAAUCCUGAACUCGAAAUGAAAAUGAAGUCCGUGUCCCCGAGAACGCUAAAUGAAAGAAAAUCAAAUAGAAGACCAGCUGGGAGGUCAAAUUCCUCUCAUGCAAAGAAAGUGCCGUAUCGAUACAAUAAUAAAAGAAGCCAAGGCCCAGAUCAGAAAAAAGCAAUUGAAGCUCUGAAUAACGAAAAAUUUUGCGAAUUUGACAGUAUAUACAUGCAGUCACAACAGCAACAACCAAGGAUAAUUUCUACAAAAGAAACCAAAGUUUUUGACAGACACGGAAACGAAAUGCCAAAAUUUAAAUCUAGACAGUCUUUGGUAAAUCAACGUUAUGGAUCUGGCAACGAUGGUUCGAUAGACAGUGGAGAUUCCGAUGUUUUUUUGCCGAAAUCUCCAAAUUACAAGAGCCAAUCAAGCAAACGUGAUUUACCAGACUUUGGUAACGAUAUGGGGGUGGCCGGGAGAAACUAUAGAGUCAAGGAAAGAAACAAAAUAAAAAGUGAUCGUUCAAGAACUUUGGAAGCUGAAACUAGACAAUUUAGAACAAAGGAACAUGUUGCAUUAAAAAAACGAAAUACGACCGAGGGCGCAACUGGAAUGCCUAAACACGAAUCACGAAAAGAUGACAGAUUGCGACACUCCGUUAAGAAGAGAGGCUACAAUCAUGAAAAGGACAACAAUAUUGAUAGUUUCGGUCAAAAUAGAAAUAGGUUCAUCGAAGAAAAACAAUCUCCAAACUUGCCACGUCAUAUAGUUCCUUCUUGCAGAAGGUAAAAUUUAGGGAAUCCCACGUCAAGCGAUUGAUGCCUUCUCUUUAACACCGGUUAUGUAUGUUGGGGAAUCGAACUACUUCUGAUAGGUAUAUUACGCUAAUCUUUAAGAUCUAUCUCACAAGAAAUUUGCUUAUAAUAUUGAUCUUCUCAUAUUCGAAAUGUGGUAGUUCUUCGGUUUUUAAUAAAGUAUCAUCGGAGGGACUAAUAUCAUACUAACGUAAAAAUAUAAAAAUAAUACGAACUAUUUUUCCAUGAUAAUUAGAUAUAGUCGUCUAAUAUAUCUGCUCUAGCCCGUAUUUAUUCGACAUUAUCACUUUGUUUUCACUUUUCAGCCUCGGUUACGCUUGAAAAAUGAAAUAAACAUAUAUCAAAUAUUCUCAUUCUGCUUGUAACAAUUUUUUUUAAUCAAUAUGCCCAAAAUUUUAAAAGCAAGGUGUUUUUAGUCAAGACUUGAAUGUUUGUUAAUAAAUGCGUUGACUUUUAUUAUA